AUGAAUGAUUUGACCUUAAAUUUAUCGCCAAAAAAAAUUUACGGUUACUUUGAACUUGUUGUUCAUUCUGCACUGAUAGUUGUUUUUCCAAAUGCAGUAAGAAAAGGAUGUCGUUUUCACUUAGGACAGAGUAUAUGGAGAAAAUUCCGAUCAGUAGAUUUAUGUACACAUUUUAAAAAGAAAACAGAAAUAGGAAUGUUUUUAACAUUUUUUGGACUGUUAUUUUUAAAUCCAAAUGAUGUAGAAGACUGUUUUACAAGCGACCUGAUUGCAUUUCAACCCAACGAUGAUCGCAUACAUGUGUUAUGCGAUUAUUUCUUAGAAACUUAUGUAAUAGCCUGUAAACAGUUCGUUUCUACCAUCUAUUUGGGCUGA